UCUAGGGAUGUAUAUAAAGUCUAAACCUUUUCAUAGAUGUUCUCAGCAGUCGCCCUUUCUUGCGACUGGACUUCCAAGACAAAGGAUAAGCAUGAAACUCGGCGGUCUGCUAAAGGGCCAACACCCGCUGUGCCCUCCAUCUCCGAUGUCGUCCGUGUUGCAUCUCCGGACCUACCUGGCUAGGCACCUAAAUCGCUUGGCAGUCGCCGCAUAUCAAACAUAAAGUGAGGUUUUUGCCCACGAUAAGAGUCAUAAGACUCAUUUCAAGUUCAGUCUGUCACGGUAGGGAAUCAGACGUACAUUUUACUGUCCUGACUCAGCUUGCCCUUCGCAUAGGUACAAUACAUAAAGUCAUAAACACAGCACACCCUUUCAGGCGUUUAACAACGAGGCCCAUCGUCCCCGCUCUACUAUCUCGCUCCUCGACACGGCAGUUGCACGCGCUCACAACACGGCAUACAAAAAUGGCCAGCCAGAACGGCGCAAGGAGCGCAAAAAGUGAUGAGCGCACUUAUUGCGCUUUUUUCUACGGUACAUUGAUGGUGCCCGAGGUCUUCUACUCUGUCUGCUAUCUUGACAAGAACCCGCCCAAAGCCAUCACCAAGCUCCACACCUUCCACCCAGCCAUCCUUCCUGGCUACUGCCGGCGCCGGGUGAAGUAUGCCGACUAUCCGGGCAUUGUCGCGGACAAUGGCCAUCAGGUCUUUGGGACCUACGCCACGGGGCUCACGAGGGCGAACAUGGCGAAGCUGGACUUCUUCGAGGGGCGUCAGUACGAGCGCAGGACGGUUACCGUCACAGUGCUGCCAGGACAGCCGGGGAAUCCGAAGGGACAAGCAAACAUCCAGGGCAAAGAGGAGAAGGCGGAGGUCUAUGUGUUCUUGGACCCGCGCGAGCUCGAAGAAGAGGAGUGGGAUCUGGAAGAGUUCCGCCGCGAGAAACUGCGCUUCUGGACGCGCGGGGGUCAUGCGUUUGAGGAUUGCGACCCAACCGACACCGCGGCAGUUGCCGGCGCAGAAUCCGACGCUGAGGCCGGUGCAGAGAGGGCCGAUUCGUCCAUCGCCCAAGCGAACUAAAUUCUAGUAAUAUCUUUCGGGUUGGAUUACCAGUAGGCAGCGGUGCCGUAGGAUCAUUCCAGACCAAGCUACGAGUCCGAGGUAGCUCAGAACCAAGGCUGCCUUACAUCAAUAUCAAGCUAUCAAUACCCUUACC